AUGCAGCAUAUACACCAUGAAGAACAAGCUAAUCAAAUGCAGCAUGAGCAUUUACUGCAGGCCUAUUUUCAAGAUCAAGACUUUAAACAGAAACUGCAUACAGCAACUGUGAAUCACGACAAUACUUACCAUAAAGAAAUGAGCAAAGGUGAACAACAUACACAUCUUUCCGGUGAACGAACAAAACUAUGGAGAAAUCAGAGAACUGUAGAGAAAUUUGAAAAACACAAGCAGAUUGACAGAGAAAGAAAGAAAGCUGCACGAAAACAGAGAUCAAAAGAAAGAUUUCAUAAGGAUAGAGAAGUAAAUAACAAAAGAAUGAGAACCACGCGAGCUUCAAGAUCCUCUGAAACUGCUCAGAGACACAGACAUGCUGACAGAGACAGAAAGAAAACCACGCGAGAUUCAAGAUCCUCUGAAACUGCUCAGAGACACAGACAGGCUGACAGAGACAGAAAGAAAACCACGCGAGAUUCAAGAUCCUCUGAAACUGCUCAGAGACACAGACAGGCUGACAGAGACAGAAAGAAAACCACGCGAGAUUCAAGAUCCUCUGAAACUGCUCAGAGACACAGACAUGCUGACACAGACAGAAAGAAAACCACGCGAGAUUCAAGAUCCUCUGAAACUGCUCAGAGACACAGACAGGCUGACAGAGACAGAAAGAAAACCAUGCGAGAUUCAAGAUCCUCUGAAACUGCUCAGAGACACAGACAUGCUGACAGAGACAGAAAGAAAACCACGCGAGAUUCAAGAUCCUCUGAAACUGCUCAGAGACACAGACAUGCUGACACAGACAGAAAGAAAACCACGCGAGAUUCAAGAUCCUCUGAAACUGCUCAGAGACACAGACAGGCUGACAGAGACAGAAAGAAAACCAUGCGAGAUUCAAGAUCCUCUGAAACUGCUCAGAGACACAGACAGGCUGACAGAGACAGAAAGAAAACCACGCGAGAUUCAAGAUCCUCUGAAACUGCUCAGAGACACAGACAGGCUGACAGACACAGAAAGAAAACCACGCGAGAUUCAAGAUCCUCUGAAACUGCUCAGACACACAGACAGGCUGACAGAGACAGAAAGAAAACCACGCGAGAUUCAAGAUCCUCUCAAACUGCUCAGAGACACAAACAGGCUGACAGAGACAGAAAGAAAACCACCAGAGCUUCAAGAUCCUCUGAAACUGCUCAGAGAGACAGACACACUGAGAGAGAGAGAAAGAAAACCACCCGAGCUGCUAGAUCCUCCGAAACUGAUGAAAGAGACAGGAAGGCUGAAAGUGACAGAAAGAAAACCACGCGAGCUGCUAGAUCCCCCGAAACUGCUGAAAGAGACAGGAAGGCUGAAAGUGACAGAAAGAAAACCACGCGAGCUGCUAGAUCCCCGAAACUGAUGAAAGAGACAGGAAGGCUGAAAGUGACAGAAAGAAAACCACGCGAGCUGCAGAUCCCCGAAACUGAUGAAAGAGACAGGAAGGCUGAAAGUGACAGAAAGAAAACCACGCGAGCUGCUAGAUCCCCCGAAACUGAUGAAAGAGACAGGAAGGCUGAAAGUGACAGAAAGAAAACCACGCGAGCUGCUAGAUCCCCCGAAACUGAUGAAAGAGACAGGAAGGCUGAAAGUGACAGAAAGAAAACCACCCGAGCUGCUAGAUCCCCCGAAACUGAUGAAAGAGACAGGAAGGCUGAAAGUGACAGAAAGAAAACCACGCGAGCUGCUAGAUCCCCCGAAACUGAUGAAAGAGACAGGAAGGCUGAAAGUGACAGAAAGAAAACCACCCGAGCUGCUAGAUCCUCCGAAACUGAUGAAAGAGACAGGAAGGCUGAAAGUGACAGAAAGAAAACCACGCGAGCUGCUAGAUCCCCCGAAACUGCUGAAAGAGAUAGACAUGAAAACAGAAAGAGAAUGAAAAUGAGCCGAGAUGCUAGGUCCUCUGAUCAAGUACACAAAUGCAGAGAUGCAGACAAAGAAAGAAAGAUACUUACAAGAAUAAACAGAGCUCAACAUGAAAUUUCAGUUGAACAAAAAGUGUUAGAAGAGUUUAAAACAGCCAUAAGUGAUGGCCCGACAUAUAUUUGUACAUGCUGCUGGAGAUGUCUUUAUAGAAGGACUGUGAUCCAUGUGAAUAAGAACAAAUAUAAGAAACUUAAUAAGAUUUUGUUGAGAAAGUGUUUCACAGAUGUAAACAUACACAACAGUCAAUGGAUAUGUCUCACUUGUGAUAAGAAAAUUCAGUCUGGAAAAAUUCCCCCUCAAGCUCAGGCAAAUGACAUGUCUUUUCCAGCUAUACCAUAUGCUUUAGAGCAACUCAGCCAACUGGAACUGCAGCUUAUUUUGAAAGUUAUUCCAUUUAUGAAAAUUGUAGCUAUGCCUCGUGGCGCACAGCAUGGUUUGCAUGGACAGGUUGUUCUUGUACCGGCUGACCUGAAUAAAGUAACAAACAAUUUACCGCGUCAAUCACAUGAAAGCCAAAUAAUUGCAUUGGCUUUAAAAAGAAGACUGUCAGAUAGACAUUUUGUUAUGAAGCAGUACAUCAGACCAGAGUUUGUGACAAAAGCAUUGGCAGUACUAAAACAAAAUCAUCCAUGCUAUCAGGAUGUAGAGGUAAACAAAGAUUGGCUUGAUGUGAGUUUUCAAGAAGAUCCAGACUUCUGGAAGGCUGCUACACUGUCUGACCAUGAUCCACAACAAGGCUAUACAACAAGCACAGUGCAUCAAAACACAGAACAGUUAGAAAACAGCACUACUGAUAAUUUACUUGUUGACAGUGAAGAUGAAGUAGAUGAAGACAAUCCAGAAAGUUUUAUUACUGACUUGCAGUAUAGUCGUUCCGUAAACAUACAGACGUGCAUUCAACCAGUCAGUGGACCAGAAGUAAAAACAAAUGAAAUCCUGAGCCUGGCACCUGGGGAAGGACAGAUACCAAUCUCCAUGACAAAGGAACCUCACUGGGAAACUAUGGCAUUCCCAAACCUUUUCCCAACUGGACAAAAUGGAUUCUUUGCAGAUACGCCCCGGCCAACUAGAAUAACACCAAAGCAGUAUAUAAAUGCACGACUACUUUCUAAAGACAGUCGCUUCGCUGAAAGCCCUGAGUAUGCUUUUGCAGCAUUAGAUUGGUUGGAAAGAGAUUCAGUAUCGCAAAACAUAACUAUAACUACUCGAAAAAUUUUCAACCAGAAUAUAUCUGUCAGGGAAUUAAAAGACCCUUUAAGGAUUCCACGAUUACUUUCAGAAAAUCAGCUGUUUGCAACAUUCAGAAACAUUCGUGGUACUCCACAGUAUUUCAAGCAAAUGCAUCUAGACAUGAUGGCAAAACUAAGACAGCUUGGACCAUACACAUUUUUCAUCACAGGUUCAGCAGCUGAAUUCCAUUGGCCAGAAGUUAUAAGAGUUAUAGCUCGUCAGUACGGAGAAGAAUUCACUGAUGCACAGAUAGAUCUGAUGAAUUGGGAGACCAAGAGAAUGUGGCUUCAACGAAACCCUGUGACUGCUGCACGUCACAUAGACUAUAUUUUUGAACAGCUUUGGAGUAAAGUCAUUCUCAGUGGUUUGCAUCCCAUAGGUCAAAUUUUGAACUAUGACCUCAGAAAAGAAAUGCAGGGACAAGGAACUGCCCAUUUCCAUGCUGCUGUACAUGUCUAUGGUGCACCAAAAUUGGACAUUGAUUCAGACAGUUCAUUUACAGAUUUUGCAGACAAAUAUAUUAAAUGUGAAUUACCAAAUAAAGACUCUGAUCUGGAACUUCACAACCUAGUUUCUGCAAGACAGCUUCACCAUCACACAAGGACAUGUAAGAAAAACAAGCAAUCCUCUUGUCGAUUUGGUUACCCUAAAUGUCCCUCUGAACAUACACUCAUUUCUAGAGUACCAACAGAAGAAAAUGUAAACGCAUUGAAAAGCUUUGCCAUGGACAUCCUCUCAAAGAUGUACAAACAGUUAUCAACAAUAUGUGUAAAUAGUGAUCCUCCAACACUAGAUGCUUUAUUACACGAAAUUGGUGUAACUAAAGAUGUAUAUAACAGAGCUCUUACAAUUUCAUCUAGGAUAACACAGGUGAUUAUGAAAAGAAAUACAUCUGAUAUUUACAUAAAUAAUUACAAUCCAACAAUUCUGAAGUGCUUGCAGUCAAACAUGGAUAUACAGAUUAUUACUUCAAUGUGGGCCUGUAUUGCAUAUAUCACAUCUUAUAUCUGCAAACCUGAGAAAACCAUGUCUGAGCUAAUGCGAAAAGCUAGUAAAGAAGCCAAUGACAAGACAAUCAGAGAUAAGCUAUUCUCAAUUGGGAACAUUCUGAGAAAGGGCAGAGAAGUGUCACACCAUGAAGCUAUUAUGAAACUAUUAUCUAUACCAUUACGCAGGUCCAACACACCAGUGCAGUUCAUUGCCACUGACUACAGACAAGACAGAACAAGGAUAUUAAAACCCAAGAAUGUGAUAAACUCUAUGACUGAUGAUGACACUAACAUCUAUGUUCCAGGUAUACAUGAAAAGUAUGCAGCAAGACCAAAGUCAUUGAAAAAUAUUUCUCUGGCAGAAUUCGUUUCAAAUUAUACAAAUGUCAAAAAAACAUUAGAUGACAGUAACUGUGAACAAGAAGUUGACAUUGACACCGGUUCAACAUCUACUAUAAUUCUCCUUGCUGGUGGUUUGGGUAAAAUGUCAAAACGGAAAAGACCUCAAGUUUUACGCUAUCAUUAUGUUUCCAGAGAAAAAGAUGAAGAACUAUACUACCAUAGAUUACUUCUCCUUUACUUUCCUUGGCAACAAGAAGAUGACCUACUGAUCAGAGGGACCUACAAGGCAUUUUUUGAAGAACACAAAGCAGAAAUAAUACCAGUCAUGCAAAACUUUGAACCUUACUAUGAAGAUGUUGACACAGUCCUUGAAACUUUUGAUCCAGAUGAACUUCAAGCUGAGAUUUGGAAUGAAGUUGCAGCUCAAGUUGAACAAGAGAGAGAAAAUCCAAAAAACCAGCAAUUAGACCCAACCAGAAUGUUUUUAGAUACAGAAAACUUAACUUGUUCAUCUUCAGUUGCAACUCAGAAAAGUAUUAAGGCCGGAUUCACUUUAACAGCUGGACCUUUGAUGACUGAUACACAUUUCUAUGACCAUGUUCAGUCUCUGAAUUAUAAACAAAGACAUCUUUUUGACUUCAUACUAUCAUGGGCAACAAAUAUGAGAAACCAAAUACCUCAAAACCCUUUUUACAUAUUUCUGUCUGGAGGAGCAGGAGUUGGGAAGUCCCACUUAAUACAUGCUAUUUUCGAAGCUGUCACACGUACACUUUGUUUACCAGGACAUGAUCCAGAGCAUCCAACAGUUCUGCUUACAGCUUCUACUGGUAAAGCAGCUGCAAACAUUAAUGGACUUGCGCUUCAUUCAGCAUUUGGUCUACCUGUCAAGGAUAAUACAUCCAAAAAACUACAGUAUCGAAAACCAGGUGCAGAAAAGUUAAAUACCCUCAGAUCUAACUAUGUUAAUCUAAAACUGAUUAUAGCUGAUGAAAUUUCAAUGUUUGGAGCAAAAAACUUGUCUAAUUUAUCCUUGACCCUUCAAGACAUCUACCAGGAAUACACAAUUCCUUUUGCUGGUAUAUCUAUUCUUGCAGUAGGAGAUCUUCUGCAGCUAAACCCUGUUGGUGAUAGAGCCGUUUUUAAACCAAUAUCUGAUGGAUAUGAAGCACUUGCAGGGUCACUUUGGACACACAUGUUUAAACUAUAUGAACUAGAAGAAAUCAUGCGCCAGAAGAAUGACCCAGAAUUUGCACAAAUUCUGUCACGAGUAAGAACAGGAGACUUCACAGAUUAUGACGAAAAAAGCCUGUUAAAUCUAAAGAACACAGACACAAGCAGAUUUGGAUCUGACUCAGUCCAUAUAUACAUGUACAACAAACAAGUGGAUGCCUACAAUCAGGAUCAUAUUGCAGCUUUGAAAGACUGCAUAACUAUAACUGCUUUUGAUUCAAGAAGAGACAAAAAUACAAAUUCAGUCAGUGUUACAGUUCCGGAAACUACCGGUAGUAUCAAUAAUACAGCGAAUCUGCCAACAAAGCUGACUAUUGCUACUGGGGCUAAAGUCGUGUUAACAAAAAAUAUUGACAUUGCGGACCGUCUCGUUAAUGGUGUAAUUGGUAAAGUUAAAGAAGUUCACAUGCCUGAAAACAAGCUAAAAGGUACUAUAUUUGUCGACUUUGGGGAUUCCAAAGUUGGACAGAAUGCAAAAGUUGGUUCCCCAAAACAUCUCCGCCAUUGCGUUCCUGUUAAAGCUAUAACAUGUUCCUUCUUGCUUAAAAAGCCAUGCACUAUCGAAGUAGAAAGAACCAUGUUUCCAUUGAUUCUAGCAUAUGCUAUUACCAGUCACAAAGCUCAAGGCGGAACCUACAAACAUGUUGUUGCUGACCUAACUGUGCCUGAAAAUGUUACUACAAUUUUCCCAGGACAAGUCUACACUAUUCUUAGUAGAGCUACUUCCCGACAAGGAUUAAAGUUAAUAAACUUUUCCAGACAGAAAGUGGUAGUCAAUAUUGAAGCUUUGAAUGAAAUGAAAGACAUGCGCCACAGCAGAAGUUUUGACUGGACACACCUAAUUCCAAGUAAGCAUCAUACAGUUUCAUUUCUCAACAUAAGAUCACUUCCAGCUCAUAUUGACCACCUGCAAAGUGAUCCCAAUAUACAAAAGUUAUCAGUGCUAUGUCUUUCUGAGACACAUGUCAAAACUAGCAAAGAAGUGCUGAUAAAUGAAUUUGACACUUUCUUCGGAUACACACCACAUGGUCUUGCAAUUGCAGUAAAGGCUGGUAUACCUUCCACACAUUUCAAAAUACUCAGCACGAAGAUUGAAAUAAUGGCGAGAGUAAUUACAUUACAUUCGCAAGACAUCCUUGUUAUCUGUGUGUACAAGCCCCCUACAUCCUCAAACAAUGAAUUCUUACAAGAACUUUCUACUGUGCUUAAACAGAACAGAAAAUAUCCCAUGCUUGUAGGUGGUGACUUCAACAUGCAACCAAGUGAUAACCUAGUACAGUUGACAGCUGGACCUGAACUCUUCCAGGUGAUAAUGAAGCCAACCCAUAUUCAUGGUAGAACACUUGAUCACAUUUAUGUACCUCAUCAAUAUAAAGAUUGUCUUUCUGGAGCCAUGCCUUUACCAUACAUAGAUCACCAUUUAACUUGGAUUCACAUAUAG